CAUUAUAGCUCAAUGAACUCAUCCACAAUGAACACAACGCAGCUGUGAUCAGAACUUCAAAACUUGAAGAGAGAAUUCACUGAGAAAACAUGUCAUCGUGUUCUAUAGAUGAAUUAGAAGCUCCUUGUAUUGAGAUCAAGACAUGGGUGAAAAAGAAACGGGCAGUUCUUCCAGCAUCCUCAACUCCCACCCAUUCUCUGUACCUCUCUAAUCUGGAUGACAUGAUAGGAACGCGCUUUCUCACACCCACCAUUUAUUUUUACAGUAGAAAAGAUCCUCUUCCUCAUGGUGGGCUGGGUGCAGGGAAAGUGAUGAGGAGGGCUCUUUCUCAGGUACUGGUGCCCUAUUAUCCUCUUGCUGGAAGGCUCAGAGAUGUUGGAGGAGGAAAACUAGAGGUGGCUUGUACGGCAGCAGGAGCUUUCUUUGUGGAGGCCACUACUGAUUUGGCUUUGGAGGAUUUGGGAUCUCUUGCCAUGCCCAAUCCGUCCUGGAAGCCCUUUGUUUACUGCUUUCCUGGGGAGGAACAUCUCACCAUUCUCGACCUGCCUCUCCUCAUUGCUCAGGUGACCUAUUUUAAGUGUGGAGGAUUUGCAUUGGGAUUGAGAAUUUGUCAUUGUAUAUGUGAUGGCAUGGGAGCAAUGCAAUUUAUGAAUGCAUGGGCAGAGAUGGUUAGGGGAGCAACAUUUAUUUCAAUCAAUCCUUGUUGGGAAAGAGAGAAAUUGAAGCCUAGAUCUCCUCCUCUUACUCAAUUCAAACAUAUGGAAUUUGAGAACAUUGAGGAUAAUUCUAACUUGAUAGCCCUCAUAUCAAAACCACAAUUGGUUCAAAAGGGAUUUUGCUUCAACCAUAAAUUUCAAGCAUCUUUGAAGGAGCAGGUAUUUGUGGAGUCAGGGAUGAGAUGCACUACCUUUGAAGUGAUGGCUGCACAUGUGUGGAGAUCAUGGGUAAGAGCUCUUCAGAUCACUCCUAGAGAUCAAGAGAUGAGGCUUACUUUUGCAACUAAUGGGCGAUCUGUGCUUAAAUCACCCAUUAAAGAAGGAUUUUAUGGCAACUUUAUAGGUGUAGCAUGUGCCAUGAGCACAAUUAAUGAAUUGACCACUAAACCAUUAUCUGAAAUUGUUCAUCUUGUCCAAAUGGCAAGGAAAUCUAUCUCAGAGGAGUACAUAAGGUCUACAAUAGAUUAUUUAGAGGUCAAAAAGCCCACUAAGCUUGAGUUCUCCGGAAAGCUAGGAAUUACUCAUUGGACUCGAUUUUCUUUGUAUGAGACUGAUUUUGGAUGGGGAAUUCCUAUAUAUGCAGGGCCUAUUGAUCUAUCUCCUUUUCCACAAUUAUGUUUAUUUCUACCACAUCAUAAAGAGAGUGGAUCCAUCAUUGUAUGCAUAUGCUUACCUCUCUCUUCAAUCUCUAGCUUUAAAUUUUUUCUCAUGAAAAAAGAUUAAGUCUAGACUCAUGUAUUGACUUGUCUUUCAACUUUUUUUCAAAGAGAUAGAUGUGUUAUUACAUCAUAUCAUUUUCUAUAAUAUUUGGGUUGCAAUACAUUAUUAUCCGUGUAAUUCAUAAUGA